AUGUCCUUCGAUCCGAGCAGCCUGUAUAUGCCCUCCGGCAAGAUCGACCAUGUCGACAUCACCGCACCAGCCGAUCAGUUCGAAAGCCUGGUCAAAUGGUACAACAAGGCGUUGGCACCGCUUAAUUACAGAGAGCUGCUGCGGUUCCCCGGUGCAGUUGGUCUAGGGGACGAAGUUCCUGAUCUCUGGAUCUCGCAGACGGAAUCGGAGACGCCUCAGAAUGUUCAUUUCGCUUUUACUGCAACGGGUAAGCUCUAG